AUGAGGAUUCUACAGGCUGGGGGCACGGCAGCACCUAAACUAGCGGCUUACCAUGAAGCCUCGCUCUUAGCGCAUAUCUUGGCUUGGAGUAAAGCCUCGCCUGAUAGAAAAUGGUCUGAAAUUGAACAAGCUUUGCUUCCUCAGGGGGUCUGCUUUAGAGAUCUUAUAUGGAUCCCGAAACAUACUAGAAACCUGGAAAUAUCACAAAACUUCAUAAUAUCUUCCAACCUCAAAUUCUGGGACAAAAUCCGUCAUGGGAAUGGGAUAGCACCACAUGCCUCACCAAUCCACCCGGUAUCAGGAUUCGUGCCCUAUUGGAUUCUCAUUCAACAGAUUGGCUGGUACAUUGCUGAGUUCAGUUCGCCAGCCUUGGCUAUAGUCUUCCUAUGUGUGUCUUGUGUGUAUCUACUCCAGAAGAGAAAGAAGGGGACACUUCCACCUGGUCCAAAGGCACUACCAGUCAUAGGAAACCUCCACCAGUUGGACACCAAAGAUAUGGUGACAUCUCUGAAAAAACUAAGUGAAAUAUAUGGCCCAGUUUUUACCAUCUACCUUGGACCCAGUCCCAGUGUUGUUCUCUAUGGUUAUAAAGUGGUCAAGGAAGCUCUUGUUGAGCAAGGAGACAUUUUCAGUGGAAGAGGAGACGUUCCAGUGCUUCAUGACUUCACUAAAGGGAAUGGAAUUGCCUUCUCCAAUGGGGAGAAGUGGAAGAACCUCCGUCGUUUUGCCCUUUCCACCUUGAGAAACUUUGGGAUGGGCAAGAAGAGCAUUGAAGCACGCAUCCAAGAAGAGGCCCAGUAUUUAACUGAGGAAUUCCGACGAACAAAGGGAGCUUUGUUUGACCCAACUUUAUUUAUUAGUCGAGCAGUCUCCAAUGUCAUCUGCUCCGUCGUGUUUGGGGACCGUUUUGAUUAUGAAGACAAGAGAUUUUUGACACUUCUCAGCCUUAUCAAUGAUAAUUUCCAACUUAUGAGUUCUGCAUGGGGAACGUUCUAUAAUAUUUUCCCGGGUGUGAUGAGGCAUCUUCCUGGACGUCACAACCAAAUCUUUAAAAACUUUAACAAACUGAAGGAUUUUGUGCUUGAGAUGAUGAAAAGCCACCAAGAAACAUUUCAGCCAAAUUGUCCUCGAGACUUUAUUGACUGCUUCCUUGCCAAGAUGCAAAAAGAGAAAGACAAUCCAUUGAGUGAUUUCAACACAGAAACUCUUGUUAUGACCACCCAUAAUCUUUUCUUUGGGGGCACAGAAACAGUUAGUACGACUCUGAGGUAUGGGUUCCUUAUCCUGAUGAAAUACCCAGACAUUGCAGAGAAAGUCCACAAGGAGAUAGACCAAGUAAUUGGAAGGAACCAGCGCCCAACAGUAGAGGAUCGCAGCAGGAUGCCAUACACUGAUGCCGUAAUCCAUGAGAUUCAGAGAUUUACCAGUAUUAUCCCACUCAACCUUCCACAUUCCAUAACACAGGACACUAACUUUAGAGGAUUUAUGCUGCCUAAGGGUACCAACAUUAUUCCAGUGCUCAGCUCAGUACACAAUGACCCAACUAAGUUUAAAGAUCCAGCAAAAUUUGACCCUCACAAUUUCUUGGAUGAAAACAACAAAUUUCAGAGCAAUGAGGCCUUCAUGCCUUUCUCCUCAGGGAAGCGGAUCUGUCUUGGUGAGAGUUUGGCACGCAUGGAACUUUUCAUUUUUUUUACCACCAUCUUGCAAAACUUCACAUUCCUUCCCACUCAGGACCCUGACCAGAUCGAUUUAAAUCCAUCAAUUAGUGGCUUGGGCAAUGUGCCACCGUCUUACCAGUUCUAUGCCAUACUUCACUAG